GAUAUCGCAGUCGGUGUCAGUCGACCGUUUCGUCUCGUCGUCUACGGUUGCACUCGCGUCUUCGCGCUCGAUAUCCAUUAUCAUACCGCCGUCGUCGUCGUCGUCGUCGUCGUCGUCGUAGUCGUCGCAACCGUGUUAAAAAAAAACCCCUCGAUACCGGUACAGUUCACCCGACCCCGCACGCUCGUACUGUAAUUGUCGACCGCUGUGACAUUUAUCGUUUCCCCGUCGUCAAGCCGUAAAAAUUAUUCCGCUUGGUCUUUACGGGCGCGAAUAAAAUAGCGAUACAUAUAUAUAUAUAAAAAAAAAAAACACCCAUCAAAUCCGAUCAAAAGCAAACGAAAUGCAAGACCGUUUGACCACGACGUGUUUGCUGCAGGAAGGACCGGCCACCAACAACAAGGAGGUAAACGAAAACGAAUUAUUAAACGAUAUUUAUUUCAUAAAGUUUUUAUUAUAAUAUUAUGCGUCGUUAAGAUGAGAUUUUUUUCGUAUUUUUUAUUAUGAUUAAUCGGGUGAAGGGUGGUUUUGAGGGUGGUUUAGAAGGUUGAAAAAAUAGUACACAAUACUUGUUUAUGUUUAUGUAUGUCAGUAGUUUCUUCAAAACGAGAAAAUAUUAUAUUCUUCGAGUUUAAUCACUGCAUGAUUUUUAAUCCAUAGUUUAAUAGGUAAACAUAUUUUACAUGAAAUCUCCAAAAAAUAAAAGAAAAAACCUCACAAAACAUUGAAAUUUAAAACUGUACAUUAUUUGUUCGUAUUAUUAUACAUUUUUUUUUUAAAAAAAAUGAAAAACUAAAUGUUAUUAUUUUCUCUUAUUAUUUCACAUUGAUAUUAAACACGUUGUCAUGACGUAUUUUUUAACUUUUAAGAAAUAUUUUUUAUUUAGUUUUAUGAGUAUACUUAGAAAACAUAAAAUACACUAAACAAAAUAAAUAAUUUGCAAAGGAUGAAAAACAACUAAACAAAUCUGUAGAUAAUAUCAAAAAAAUGUUUUUCUUUUUAAAAAUAAAAGUGACAAACAAAUUUUGUCGUUACAUUAUUCGAAUAUUUUACUGAAAAAAAUUAUUUCUCAUUCUGGGAUUCAAAAAAAAAAAUAUUUCGAAAGAUUAUUUAGAGUAAUUUCAUUUAAUUGUGUAUGGAUGAUAGAUUAUUUUCUUUAAAGAAAAUUGUAUACUUUUUAAUUGGUUUGAACGGAUAGUAUCGUUAAACUGUUGAUUUAUAAUUUGAUUGCAUCGUCAAUAAUUUACAAGAAAGUAUUAUCCUCUAAAAGAAAAUUGUUAUGCCGAUUACCUACAGAACAAUUUCAAGUUCGAUUUUCGUGAAGUUAUUCGCAAUAUUAUUAUCGUGUAGGUACUUGUUGUGGAGCUAUUAUAAUAUUAAAAUUAUUUAUUCAGAGAUUACGAACGGUCCGUAAUUAUUUAUGUAAUAUAUUUUUUUUAUUUUAAUUUUGUCGAAUACGGAGAUUUUCGAUAAAAUCUAUAUUUUAAGCUAGGAGCGCAUUGAGGAAUGUAUUUGUUUUACAAUGAUGUUUAUUUUUGUUUAUUUUUAUUUGUCUGUAAGCAACUUUUCUACCAGAAAUCCUGUUCUGGCGUAUUAAGUUUUAUCUAGUUGGUACUUAAGAGAGGUAGUUUUUUAAUUUCCAAGCGGAUAAUAAUUUGAUUAAAUCGGGAAAAACGUAGGAUAAAUGAGAAAAUAUACAUUUACAUAUAUAAAAAAAAACUUCGCUCCCAAUAGCGUUAACAAUGGUUUAUCGUCGCGUACAGAUAUAAAUUAAAUUACCCUCUAUUUCUUACCUUACCAACUUCUCACUUACAACAGAGUGACUCCACCUAUCAUGCGAAGUAUGCCCGUCUUUUUAAAAAUGUUAAAUGCUGCAACUAACGCGAAUAAACCAGCUGAAACAUAGGUCGGCGACGCUCCGGUGCUUCUCCGCGUAAAACGCAUUAAAUUAUGAAAACAUUUUUCGGUAACAUCACGGAAUCUUAACGUUCUUAACGUUCCCGGGAACGGUCCGAAAUUUCUGUUUCCCGCGCGAUCACGAAACACAACACCCCAGGCCUUUUCUCUAGAUCCUUAUGCGCUUAUCGUUUAUAGUGAUAAUCAUAUCACUAAAUUCGCGACCGAUAAAUAGAGCGCAUACCGACAGACCGUCAGACACGGAUACGGGCAAAUUCACAGAGUAGCUGUGACUGAGGAUUCUUGACCGGGCGACAUUGUAAUCCAGCAGUGGCUUGAUCGGGGGAAGACCAACGGGGCUACGACCCCCUGUAAUCUGUACCGUUUUACGAUCCGGGUGUUGACUCUACGCACGUCCUGAGAUUUUUUUCCACUCCCGAAAGAUUGUUUUCGAACCGUAUAUAUGAAAACGGAGAGCACUAUAUUAAAGUAAUAAUAUGUCGGAAAACAGACUCGACCGAUUGACCGGGGAUAAUAUAAAUAAAAAUGAAAAUGUUUAGGUAAGUUUGCUGCUUUUACUCGAAAUAUCUCCUAGGUGGACACAGCUGUCGUCGAAGGGGAGUAUACUCGGUAUGAUUAUACAAUACGCGCCAAGAGAUUAUCGAGUUUUGUUUAUAAUUUUUUUUUGUUUAAAUUAUUAUAGGUGCGUUGAAAUGCGUAUAAUAUCGACGAAAAAACUUUUCGAAAAAUCUCCUUGUAUAGGUACGACCACGGCUCGAGUAAAAAAAGAACGUAUAAGCCGCUCCGCCCGAUACAAAAUCCCGGCCACGCCACACUACUGGGCUGCAAUAAUCGCAAUAUUAUACUUUAUAGUGUAAUAUUAUACGGAUAGGUACGUUCGAGUUGUACGACCGCUUGAAAGCUUUCCGUACGGUAUAAUUAAUAUGAACGACCGAAAUUAUAAUAUACAACUCGGAAACUUUCGCGGACGUUUAUAUCGAUCGCCGACACUGUACUUGCGGUUACGCUACCCGUCCAAUUAAUUUUCAGUCCGCGAAACGUCUUCGUGAAUAUUUCGUUUGUUCGAUGCGUUUUAUAUAAUAUAUUAUAGUACACGCAGCUAUAAUACCAGCAAUUCGAAUAUAAUGUCAUAUUAUGUUUGCCCUAUUAUUUUUCGGGUCGUCGGCAAUAAUUGAAACGACGUCUCGCAUAAACCCUACCGCGUUCUGUAUCGCGGUGUUUUCCGUUUCGAAAUCGCGGAGUGUACUUUGAUGUCUGCACAGAGGCAAAACAACCCACCUAUAGCUAUCCUCCACUCAGUACACAAUAUUUCCCAAUAUUGAUGUACCUCGUGUUUUCACCCGUUUUUAUUGAAUUUGUAGUAAACAUUCAUACUGAUAUUCACUCAUUUUCAUAUUGCGCAGUCAUCCAACCCGAAAUCUUUAAAAAAAAUUCGGAAAGCGAUUGCUUCUCAGCGAUUUCGCCACUGUGUAUAGGUACAGGUAUUCUCAAUAGUAUAUAAUACUAUGCAAAAUGAAAAUGUCUGGAUUAUAUAAUAUGAUUUUUAAAAAUUAAUACCUUCCGUAGCGUGCAGAGGCAGUGAUUGCAGACGUUUUUAAAUUGGACGGAAAUUUCGUUAACCUUCAUAAAAUAUACAUGGGGUGUUUCGCGAACCACAGCGAUCGUCUACGUACACGUGCAACAUAUAUUCGUAUACGAACAACAAUAAUACGAUGAGAAUAAAUUCGAUUUUAUUUUUUUCAAAAAACGGAUGCAAAAUUGAUUACAUUUCCCUAUUAUACUUGACUGCGGCAUUGAUUUUAAACCGUUAUGAAAUGUUAGAAAAAUCGUUUCGAACGCGAAUUAAAAAAAAAAAAAAACAAAAAAAAAUCGCUGCUCGAUUGGUAUUAUAACACGAGAACGUUACACCCGCAUAUAUUAUUGUCUCUGCAGUCAACGAAAUUACAUUGCUCCAAACGUAUAAACUGUGGUUUUCGGGUUGAAAUCGGAGCAUAUACACACGAUUACAAAAACGUAAAGAGGGAAAUAAUACGGAGAUUUUUUCGUCGAAAAAAUUGUCGUACAAAAAAAAUUAAAAAACGCACGGAAAUAACACUUUUUUUUUUUUUAAAACGAUUUCGUUAGAAAAAAUAAUAGGUCUACGUACAGCCCUCGAAAAUGUUAUUUCGUUUUUAAAUAUUUUUGUUUAUCGUGUCUGUGAUUUCAAUACAUUCGAACGUCGUAAUCUUUACUGUCCAAAACGGUGUAAUUUCACCGCGUCGCCCGUCAAUUGUAUAGACACGCGCAGUGACGGUAUAAUAUAAACGCUGGCGGGGUAGGCCUCCUCUUAAUCCAACAAUCGUCUUUUGUUGGAAACGUCGAAAAUACUGAUUGAACAAUAUCGAUAAAAAAAUUCUGAACCCGACGUUCGACAUUAAUCCGCGGUCAAACUAUAACACAACGGUUUCGUUUCGGCCGGAAAACAACGCGCCUGUCGCGCAAACGGAAUACCGAUCGGCGCAACGGUUUUUUUCUCCACGAUACGACGAAAACCCAAAGAGAAAUUCGCUCGAAAUCCUCGUACGUACAGGAUACAAUCCCUAUCUGUUUGCGAUUCGACACUUUAACACCGGGCCCCCCCUAUCCCGGCGAUGACGACGUCCGAGUUCGGGUAUAAUAAUAUCAAUACUACUAUACAGUGUGCUGCGGCGUGCGUUCGUCGUGAUACAAACAUAUUUAUUAUUUUCGCACACUAUACAACACCACGCUGCACAGUGCACAUAAUACUCGUACCGGUGCAGUGAGAUAUCGCGCAUUGUACGUAUUGUGCAGCGUAUUCGGACGGGCUCGAAGAACGGCCGAGUGUAUGUUUUUGCGGUUUUCGGCGGAUUUCGGCUAUGUAUUUAUUAUAUUGUACUCGAAUAUUUUACGGCCGACAAUCGUUUUGAGACAAAUUGCGAGGCGCGCGUAACCCUUUUCUGUGGACGACGAUCGUGCCGCCGCGUCACGUCGCAUUGUAUUACCGCCACCGCGAAACACAUCGCCCACUUUUUUUCUUCUCUGUCGUCGACACUCGAACGUUUCCGUAUACCCUAUAAUAUAAUAAUACACUUGCGCAUAUUAUUGUUACAGCUUGCGCCUCGUGCCCGUGUCCGUAUCGUACAGGACUCGUCGACCAGAUGUCACUGUAUUGUAUUUAUACCGCGGUAUACGUAUAGGUAUCUCACGGUGACUUGAACGCCGCCUUGCGGUAGGCAUACGGCGGCUAGAACGGGGAAUUAUUAUUUUCAACGGGAUAGGUUGCAAUCAAUAAGAACCGCGAACAAAUCUUUACGAUCGUCUCCGCGGCCCGACUUUAUACUGACGGAAAUCGGUUAUUUAAAAACCGGAUCCCAAAAAAAAGCCGAUUUCUAAUCAAUACAUACGAUUCGGCUGAAAUAUAUUACGCGUUUCGACAUAUUGAAUUACUCGUAUUUUUUUUGUAUUUUUAAACCAAUAGGAUAUAACCCCUAACCUCCACCUCUCCAACCCCCGCUGCACACGCCACUGAGUAAGUAUAUAGACACCUGUAUUAUAGCGGUGAAAUGACGCGUUCAAUAUUUCGCGAUCGCGUUCGAUUAUUUAGACAAUUAUUAGUUUCGUUCGUUCGAUAACAAUACGAAAUCAUAACGAUAGCUAUCUUGAUCCUCUGAAAAGCAUAAUUUAAUGAUACCGCUACAUCGCUUGUAAUUUGUAAAGAUAUGCUGUCUAACGAGACGGAUAAUGUUUGUUUAUCUAUUUCGCCGGUGUUACCGUCGUUACAAAACUACAGAGUGAAAUCACUCUAUGUAACACUAAACUAUUAUUCUGUGUAUCAGUAUUAUUUUGUGCGCGUCUAUACAUCCCGUCCAAUUGUUUUAUAAGUAAUUUUUAUUUUAUGUCACCGUUUGUGAACGUGAACGUGUUCAAUUUUUUAGUGAACGUUUCAAACACCGCCGUACAUACAAUAAGUAUACACUCGCGGCGAAUAUUCUGUAAAAGAAAAAAAUACCAAUCUGAUUCUCGUCUGCGCCGAUAGUAUACGCGUUUUCCCAAAUGAAAAAUAAUUAUUAAACAUAGGCGUACUACGAUACAGUAUACAAAAUGGAUAAACUCUGAAACUUUUUUUUUCAACGGGAUUUUCAACGCUAUAUAACACGCACGUACGUUGGAACUUGUAACGUUAUGGUGUUUUGUUUUGUUUUUUUUUUUUUUUUUUUAUGACCCCCUCGGUGCAGCGCUGCGCGUUUGCGGCGGACGAAAUGGCAGAUGGUGAAAUAGCCAUGUGGGGCUUAUUAUUAACAACAUACUUCUUAUAGGUAUAUAAACAAUAUUUUUUUUUUUUUUAGUCUAUAUUUUUCGAAUUACGCGCGCACUCGCCAGCUGUGCUUGUGCUUUCCAUUAGGAAUCGGACAUGGUCGAAAAUUAAAAAAAAAAAAAAAAAAAAAACAAGUGUUUAUUCAGACGCCCCGCGUCACAAUAACAUAAAGAAAACGAGGACGAUUUGCAGGUUUGCAUAUUAUACGAGUAACACAACAGGUACGCCGAGUGUGUAAAUCAAACAUUUUAUGUGUACCUACAGACGAUUUUUUUUUUGUCUUUUUUUUAACUCUACUCACUUUUGUAAUGUAAUAAUUAUCGUUGUUCGCUUGUAACGUAACGCAUCGCAGCCUGUUACAAUAAUUAAACGUUUCACAGCCGUGUACGCGGAUAAUAAUGAUUAUUAUACCUCGAAUUAUACGGUUUUUGGAAAUGUUUCGUUCUCGUAUAAUAUAUAUACGUCAUUUUUUCUUAGAUAUUUUUUCAUGAAAAUCGUAAAAGUCGCGGCAUAUCGGCUUUACGCGUUUAAUCGAAAUACGUUCAGAAUCGUUUUUCGUGUGCAAUGAUUAAUUAUCGUCACGUACGUCAGUACAACUUAAAAAAAUUACUUUAUAUUACAUAAUAUAUUAUGUAUAAUAUUCUAUCUUUCCAAUUUCCCACUAACAACUGCAGUCGUAUAGGCAGUGUCGUUUUUUUUUUUGUGUACGUUACAAGAGUAAUUUGUUAAGUUUUCGAAAAGUUUUAAAACUGUGUCCUCGUUUUUCUCCGGGAACCCGGGGGCAUUCUCAGUCUCCCGGAUUCAGCUCAUACGUAUGUAUACAUAUAUAUAAUAUAUGUAAAUAUUGUACUUACGUAUACGUUUGCGUCGCAGAUAUCAACGGAACAGUUUAUUUUUUUCUUAAUACUACCCGCGCACUAGCUAAAAAAUAUAAUUAUUACGAGUAGAACAGAAAAACAGAAAAAAAAAAAAAAUAGAUCGUUCGAUAAUAAUAUUACGGGAAUGCAUUUCGCGUUUAUAAUGAUACGGCGAUACCUAUAAAUACUGCGGGAAGAAUAUAGUCGUAAAACCGUUUCGUUAUUAUUAUAAUUACGGGCUUUCUGUCGGCCGGCUAUUCGGCGCUGACCUAGGUACCCGCGUAUUAUAUCGGCAGACGAAAACGACUCCAUAGGUAUUCGCUCUGUUUUCAUGUAUAAUAAUAUUUUAGCUAUACUUACAAUCCGGACGGGAGCGGAGGACCGCGUAGGUAUUGUAGGACGGGCGUACGCGAGUUUGUGUUUCUGCGGUGAAACUACCGUCGCAAGGCCCGUUGACGAAGAGCGUGGAGGGGAGAAACGGAGUAAUUACGAUUUUUCGAGGGGAGGAGGUCGGGAAAAUAUCUUCGUUUAUUAUUACGACAUAAUUAUAAUAUUUAAGUGUAUUUUAUGUUUUGGCGCCACUCGCUGCAGCAACAGUUCGAAAGACGAAUUUUUUUUCCUCGCGCUCUAAAUGUUGCCGAAGUACCUUGUUCGAUGUAAUACUCGGGGAGCGAUUUUUGUGUUUCGAACUAUUAUAAUGCCGACCGGUUUCUGCAGCGGACGUACCGAAGCGAAUCAACGCGCUUACGAUACGGGAGCGUCGUACGGUAAAAACGUACCGUCAAAGAUAAAACGGAAUAUAAUUAUUAUUUUUCGCGGGGUGCUUAUUGAAAAGCGGACACAAUAUUGUGGGAACGAAUGUCUAACGGACGAGCGGUCGGGCGUAGCAGGGAAAACCACAGAGAAUAUAAAAUAUCGAGUUGGGCACGUUGAGAAUUGGAGAAACGGUGAGAUAGUCAAGGUGUCAUAAAUAAUAUGUGUGUAUGUACACCUAUAUAUAGGUGAGUAUACAAGGCGAUGGACCAAAUAAAAAAGUGAUUUCAGGAGGUUACACUGCGAGAGGAAAUAAUAAAACGAGGACACGUGGAAUAGAUGUGGGAGUGCGGAGGGAAAAACAAGAAUAACGGCAAUAGAGUCAUUCGAGAUAAAGGCAACGGGGAUGAAGGAAAUUAAAUUUAAAGAUUUCUUUUUCGGUCCUAACUUAUCUGUUUAUACAUUGACGUUAUGGUAGGGGACACUUUUUCUAAUUUUUCCUCCCUAACAAGUAUUUUUUCCCAAUGAUCAUUUUUUUCGAAACAAAAGAAGAUUAUUUUUAAAUGUAAAAAAUAUUAAAAUACGAAUUGAAUAAUAAACAUGUUUUUAAAUUGAAUUAUUUGAUUUUUAUUGUUAUGACUACGAGUAUACUAUUUGCGUGCAAAAAUAUAAUAUUAUACAAUUCAUGUUUGAUCGUUUUCAAUCGUGAAUAAUGCUAAUUCUGUAAAUAAUCACAAAUCGCUCUCAGUUAAACUAAAAAUUAUUGAUAAUCGGUUUUGAAACGUACGCGUUCGGUACAAAUAUUAUAUAACCGGGGAAACUAUUACACGUCGGGUAAAAAUCGCACUCAAAAUUCGGCAGCCACACAAGCUUAGGGACGAAGCGCUUGAUCUUCCCUAACCUAACCUAACCGGUACGGUCAUCAUAACGUAUAAUAUAGGUGUUAAUAACGACCGUGGCGUCGACUUUUUCGGAAUUGUAUUAUUUUUAAUCCGCGUCCAUUAUAAUGUCCGCGAUAAAGUUUCGAUUCAGUCGUCUUUAUAAUAAAUAUCACACUUCUCAUAUACGCGUUUGUGUACGGUUUUUUGUCGUCGGCGGUACACAAACGUCGUCGGAAACGCGUUUAAAAAAAAAAAAAGUAUUAAUACGCCCUCGGGGGUAGUAAUAACUAAUAAUAUCGUCAUAAUAUUAUACGGCGAGUACCGACAGCAUCACCGCUGUACCGCGCCGGGACGUUUUAAUCCGCGCGCGUCCGCUCUUGAAAUAAUGGACCGGCUCGAUUACUGCAUUAUACACGUAAUGCGUUCGUACUGUAUAUACCUAUCUAUCUGCUCGACGUAAUCCCGGGGACCAUCGUUUUCCGCCGUACCGUAUACACACGGUAAUACUAUAUAGUAGGCAUCAUAAUAACAUAAUAUUUUCGUGAUACAGAGACCUUAUGCAUGUAUGUGUAGUGUUGUGACGAGAAAAGGCGCACCCCGUGUCAAACGUUAUAAUAUUAUAAUAUUAUUUCGUUUUUUUUUUCCGUCACAUUUUUUUUUUUAAUACUAUAACGUAAUACUAACCCGGGUAUAUUAUAUACUGCAUGAUAACGUACGAAAGGAUAUAGCCGUUCGCCGGACACUCCGCCGCGAUAUGUGGUUUACAUUAAUCCUAUAAUCUUCUAGUAUACAUCAUAAUAUAAUAUAAUAGCGGCUGAAUAGUAUAGUACUGGGUAUAUGUACAACUCUAUAGGUACCACAAAUAUUUCGGUCGUAUUAUUAUAAUAUAAUGUAUAGGUAUUUGCAUCCAAUAAUAGAGAGUUGUUUUUUUUUUCUGUUCACAGUUGAAAGCCGUCCAAGAAGAAUCGGGAUCCGCUUUGCCCGUCGAUAUUUUCCGUGAGUACCGCGACUAUUUAUAUUAUAAUGUUAUGUUUUACUUACCGUCUACUACGUAUUAAACGCUUAUAGCUAUCUGUUGUUCCUUGGUUUGGAAAAAUGAGUAUAGGCGUGGCUUCGAUAGUAGACGAAAUGAGAGGAAAUUGACUGAGAACACGGGAAAUCGUAAGCUGUAAGAAUUGUAAUGCAAAUAAACGCGUAGGAGAGAGAAAAAAUAGGGUGGAGGAAGACCGAACAAGAGAUGGUCGACGUGAACGACAAGUGUAUAUAAUGACGAUGCGGGAGAUCGGGUCGAGUGAAAGUUUAAGACGAGGGUGGCCGACCCCUAACAGUUGGAUUCAAUAAGGUGAAGACGAAGUCGAUAUUCUGCUUAUAAUUUUGCAUUAUUAAAUCUAUUACGUAUUGGAGAAUAGCCACAGCGUUCGAAUUCAAUGACGACGUCGUUUUAAAUUUACGGCGAGUCAAAUUAGAAAAAAAAAAAAAAUUAAAAACCGUCUCUAAUUUUACUGCCGAUUCUAAUCAGUUAUUUGAAUAUUAAUAUAUUGAAAUCAGUAGUAGCAAUGACGUGACGCAUUUGACUGAAAGUAGUGUAGAUAGUGAAGAUUAACAUAGCACAUAUUUGAAUACUCCUACCAAUAACGAAAUCAAUUUUUCUUGGAUCACAUCCGAUAUUAUGUUAUAAUAAUUAUACUGAAUUACACAGUAAGCCAAAUACACGAGUCGUCCGAUUGACAAAAUAUUAUUAUUAAUAACUGUUUUAUGAACACGGGGAUUUUCUUCUUCAUAAGGUGCUUAUUCCGUAUUUAUUUGUUUUUGUAUUUUUAUUAAGCCAUUCUUCCUUGGGACCGAAGGAAUAAUAUUAUAAUCAUGAACUGGUUUAUCAAUUGCCUAUAUCUACUUUGAAAAUCCGUAUUGCUAUUCUCUGGUUAACUUUAGGAAGCAUAGGCGUGUGCAGAAAAUUUUUACUGGGGGUGCAAACCAUUAAACUACUACAUAUUAACACCUAAUAAGUAUUAAGCCACUAAAAGAAAAAUAAAUAUUAAUUGUUCAAUAUUACCCAAUUGUUCUACGAUAAUAUUUAAAUUUAUUUUAUUCAGCUAAUAAUAAUAAUAAUAAUAAUAAUAAAAAAACAUAUAUAAUACAUAUAUCAUUAUUUCGGUUUAAAAAUUUUAAAAACUUCAGUUCGAGUCGACGGUUUAAGUCCAUAAGUAUUUUCAAGACGGUACUUGUGAAUAACUUAAACAGGAAAAGACUACGCGGUAGAACGAAGAAACGUGAUUAGAAAUGGUGGUUAGAUGUAGUCAAAAGAGACAUGCAGAAGUUGAGACCAGACUGGUUAGUGACCUGUAGGCUGGCAUGGGACCUAAACCAUGCGUAUAACAGAAAUGAGUAGAGGGUAUUGGCAGCAAAGGGCCUAUAAAUGGUCUGUAAUGUUAAAAAAAAAAAUUGUGACUUAACUCGCCGGGGGUGCAAUUGCAUACCCUGCAUCUCCGUAUGCACGCUUAUAGGAAGUCGUAUCAAGGUUACCGGAUUUUGCAGCAUGUGCAAUUUUUUUUCUGUCUAAAUAGGUUUCUUUUCAUGUACAUUUUCAUGAGAAUAUUAAAAAAAAAAAAAAAAAAUGUAUUUUUAAACAUUUUAAAAAUCCAAUUUAAAAUCGUAGAGACUAAAUCGAUGAAAUUUCUUUUCAUAUUUUAAGAGUUUUUAUUAUAUAAUAUAAUUGAUUAAAGGGUUUUUUUUUUUACUGCAUAUAUAUUUCAAGUGGAUAUUACUCGAGCACGAAUACUUAUACGAGCACCACUGACAAUAGUUUCGGAGAAGGGGAUGCUUGAAUAACGAAUAACCCGUAUGGUUACACUCCUCUGAGCCCGUAUCAUACACCUCCCAUCCCGAUUGUCUAUACAUAUAGGAACAUAAUAUUCUAAGUACCUGUACCUAUAUGAUACAAAUACUCGUGUGUCUAACCGCGCGUCUUUCCGAUUUUGCAGAAGUGGCCGAACUCGUGGCCGGCUACAUGGAUUGCAUGGAAGAAGCACUCCGGUACUUGCAAGAGGUCGAAGAAUAUCCCGAAGAACACCCCGCGGUCCAAGGGCUCCGCAACCACCUGGACCGGUCCAGGCAAAAGCUCAUGGACCAGGCGCUCAUGUUACAGGCUUAAGGACGUCGCGACAACAACAAACAGCAUUGCGUAAACAAAAAAAACAAACAAGCAAGCCAUGUAUUGCAUUGUAAAAAAAAAAAAAAUGUAUACGUGUAUAAUUAUGUUGAACCCCUGCGAAUAGGACAACCACGUGUUUGUCGUUACCAACCGUAUAAAUAUUAUUAUAAUUAUUUUUUUUUAACCAUUUUUUGCGCGGACGCGUUACAUGAUAAUUUACAAUUACAUUAUAUUAUAUCGGAUUCUAUAUAUAUAGUAUUUACUACGUGUAAUAUAUAUACAACAACAACAACAAAAAAAAAACAAUAAUAAAACAAUUCAAAUAACGUAGUUACUUAGAGACGGACGACGAUUUCGAUAUCGAUAUUUUCUAUUCUUUAUAAUAUUAUAAUCAAAGACGGGCAAGUUUUCGAUUUUCUCAACCAAUAUAAGUUAUCCUAUUCAAAAAUAUUUUAAUUUGAAAGCUAAACAGUUAAAAUUCAUUUAUAAAAUAUAAACGAAUUUCAGUAAUAAUUACAAAAGUUCAGUCGAGCGUUUUCAGAGACAUAAUAAACUACCCGCGUUAAAAGUUACUCAGUUCUAGAGAUAAUUUAAAUUCGAACAAAACAACUAAGCGAUUUGCUGACGUUCUGUAUUUUGUUUUUCUAACCAGUUUAGUUAAAAAUUAUUCCAAACACCAGUUAAUUGUAUAACUUAACUUUGAAUUAUUUAAUUGCAUACGGUUACUGGCGAGCUUUGACUGUGCAAUGUCACGUACGAGAUGUUAACCGUCAUCAGCUCGGUGCAUCGAAAAAAUCCUGUACCGCUACUGCAGUAUCGGCCGUCUCUAAAACAUAUAUAACCUGCGAACGCGUCCACUUUUUUUCGUGUACACUUAUUACACUCGUAAUAUUAUCGCUAUAAUUACCUACCCUAUUAGUUAUACGCUUCGAGUGAGAAAAAAAUUUGAUAUUAAGAUUCUUCCUUCAACCCCCCCCCCCCCCCCCCCCCCCCCNCCCCCCCCACCCCUCACGCCAUUUAACGUUUCGCCUCGGAAUUAAUACGAACGAUCGGAGGUUGUUUUUUGUACGUCGUCAGGAAAAAAAAAAAAAAUCGAAUUCCCUGUAAACAAAUAUUAUUACAUAUUAUACAGGUUUACGCGUACACUCCUUUCCUGUUAGUAUGCGAACCGCCGAGACCUGUUGCUAAAUAAUUGUUACUAUAUUCGCGGGCCCCGGGUGCCGGCAUUGAAAAUAAUUAUAAUAAGUUUUUUUUCGUGAGCUGGAGAGGAGGUGGGGAGAGGCGAUAUUAGUCGCCGAAAGUCACAAAAACAAAAUAACGAUAUUAUUAUUAUUAUUAUUAUUAUUAUUAUGUUUGAACGAUAGGUUACGUUAGAUUUACGGAUUCGGUAAUUAAUUUCGAUUAAUUACGCCGCGGGUUACUCGUUACGAUAAUACGCGACGAGGGUAAACCCGUUCUCUUCGUUAUAAUAAUAUAAUUUGUUUGUGAUUUUUUUUUUUGUUUUUUUUUUUUUUUUUUUUUUUUUUUUUUUGUUUUUCAUCCAUUUAUCGAACCUACCUCAAUAAAGUGGACAUAUUAUUAUUAGGCCUAAAUAUAACUCGGAAUUGUUCGUCCGGGGAUGAAAUGUAAAUUUCGUUUUUUUUUUGUUUUUUCAUCGUAUUUUUGAUUCGCGCACUUUUACCUAUAUAUAUAUAUAUAUACGAUAUACCUAAUGUAAUAUUUGUAUAAUGAUUUCGUUUUAUUAUAUAAAAAUAUUAUGUUCGCGGAAUGAAAAAAAAAAAAAAUAAAAGCCGACCGGUUAUUACAUUUAGAAUGUAAUAUUAUCGUACAUUUUAUUAUUAUAUUGUAUUAUGUUCGUAUUCGUGUUCGCAACACGUUCUCCUUAUUAAUAUUAUUAUUAUUAUUAUUAUUAUUAUUAUUAUUAUUAUUAUUAUUUAUUUUUAUUUUUUUUUUUUACGACGUACAAUUUUUUAAUUUUUUUUUAGUUGUUUAUUAUUAUUAUAUCAAUCGAUUUUAAGAAAGGUGUAUUUUUGUUACAUACCGCAAUUAUUUUGUAAUAUAAUAUAU